AUGUAUAACAAUGCCAUCCCUUCUAAUGCUAUGUUGGUUAGUAGGAGAAUUAAAACAGUUUCUGGAUGUCCUAGAAGAAGCUGUAAUGAUAUAGAAGAUGUGAAUCACAUGGUGGGAAGUUGUGUUAAAACUAUGCAGGUCAUUGCUUUAUUGAAUAAAUGGGGAUUCCAGGUCCCUGUUUUCGGUAAUUUUGAAGAAUGUUUGACUGUUUUACAAAGAAUGAUUGGAAAACAAAAUUUAUCAGCCAACUUGUUCUGUAAUGCUAUUUGGCUGGUGUGGAAGAGUAGAUGUAAACUUGUUAAUACAAAGAGGGAGGAUUCAGUUAACUUCAUUGCUGCUGAAGCUGUUUCUUAUGUGACUAAAAAUAAUUUUGUUUAUAUCCAUCAAGACAUCUGGAAUGCUAACCGGCUUAUGCUGUUUAAUCAUUGGCAUCCCCCGCCCCUUGGAUGGAUUAAAAUCAACUUCAAUGGUUCUUUGAGGAGGAACAACUCGGCUGGAGUAGGUGGGGUUGUGAGAGACCACAAGGGAAGAUUUUUGCUGGCGUUUGGCAACUCACUUCAACAUUGGGAUGCUGCUCAAACUGAAUUGCAUGCUAUGAGUAUAUAA